AUGAUUGAAGUAGCCCAUGAGUUUGAUGAGGAAAUGUCAAGUAUCAGGUUAAUGACCUGCGAAAAUUGCAAACGCUGCUAUCCUGAUAUAAUAAAUGCUGGAUUCGACUUUUGUACAAUUUGUUCGGAUCCAAAUAAACUAUCAAGAUUUACAUCAGCGAAUUUUAUGGAUCCAGGAGAAGUACCUCAGGAGCUCGUAGGACUAACAUACAUUGAGCAAAUGCUCAUCGCCCGAAUACACCCUGUCGUCUCGUUAUACAAAAUCAGAGGAGCUCAAUAUGCGUACACUGGAAAUGUGAUAAAUUUUCGUCAGGACAUAUCACGUCUUGCAAAAGAUUUGCCCCACAGGCCUUCAGAUCUUCCAUCAACGAUUGUUUUUAAUCGUGAUACAUCAAGAGGUUUCGUUAAAUUUCGGGCAUCAGCAAGUAAAUUACGCACAGCUCUUAUUUGGUUAAAAGCCAACAAUCCAUUUUACGCAGACAUUACCAUCAGUGAAAACAAUUUGUCAGUGAUUCCUGAAAAUGGCGACAUAAGUGGCCAGUUAGCUCAACUUACGGUGGAUAGUACAAUUCCUGAAAAUAGCGACAUAAGUGGCCGGUUAGCUCAACUUACGGUCGAUAGUAUGGAACAAAAUGAUGAUAAUGAAGAAAGCAAUAUCGACGACAGCUAUAUAAGACUACUUCAUCAUUUAGACCAGGAAGCUGUUUUAAACCGUGAGAUCCACAUGAGGUAUCCAAGUACAGAAAGUGAGCCAAUUAACGAAUUUCCAACAGAAGGCUAUGUCAUUAUAGCUUUUCCGACACUGUUUCCAUAUGGCACAUGUGAUCUACUUAAUCCUAACAGACGCGAAGUAUCCUUCGAUUGUUAUUUUAAGUAUUUAAUGCUUUAUAAGGACGGCCGCUUUGCCAAAGAUGCACGAUUUAGAUUUUUUGCAAUGAAUACGGUUCUUAGAAGGUUCGCUAUUCAGCGGUCAAAUAUAUUCAUCCGCAACCAUGGAUUAGGGCGCUUAUCACUUUCUGACAUAAGACAAAGGGUUCGAAACAAUCCAGCUUUUUUAAAUCAAAUCAUGGUCUAUUGCUCCAGUCUUCGCUCAACAAAACCAUAUUGGCGAUUGAGAUUCUCUGAACUUUCAGCCAUGGUAAACCAAUUGGGUUUGCCAACGAUAUUUUUUACUCUUUCUGCUGCCGAUUAUCAUUGGCCAGAUUUGUUUUCUUUGCUUGCACCUGGCACGGAUCCAGCGUCUUUAUCGGAGCGGCAGAGACGAGACCUAAUGCACGAGAACCCACUUCUGGUUGCGUAUUUUUUUCAGAGAAGCUGUGAUGUUUUUAUCAAAAAAGUCUUACGUCCGGUCUUUAAGGUAGCCGACUACUGGUCAAGAUUUCAGUGGCAGUGGAGAGGAAGUCCCCACAUCCACGGACUAUUAUGGCUUAAAGAUGCCCCAUCUAUUGACGAGAUGAGGUUAACUGAAAGUUUAGCGCUACGAAUUAAAGAGUAUUUUGACAACAAGGUCUUGGCAAUCAACCCUUUUAGGAGUUUACCCCCCGCAUCUGUUCAUCCAUCACGUAAACGCUUCUCAGAUAUUGAUAACGAAAAUUUAAACACUGAUUUAGGGCACCUGAUCAAUAAGUUUCAAAGACACACGCGAUGUGAUUGA